UUGCAGUUUACGAAUGAUACAUAUCCAGUAAUCGUUUAUAUUCAUGGUGGAAAUUUCCAAUUAGGUUCUAGCGCAGAUUUUUCACAAGAGGCUAUUCUUAACAACUUUGUUUCACGUAAAGUUGUAUUUGUUUCGUUGAAUUAUCGAUUAGGUCCACUUGGCUUCAUAUCCACUGGUGAUGGUGUGAUUCCUGGGAAUAACGGUCUCUGGGAUCAAAUUUUAGCUCUCAAAUGGGUGAAGUCAAAUAUUCGAGUGUUUGGUGGCGAUCCCGAGAAAAUAUUGUUAAUGGGACAUGGAAGUGGAGCUGCUUCUGUCUCACUUCUUGCGUUAUCACCUCGUGCUGAAGGUCUAUUCCAAAGGGUAGCUUUACUAAGUGGUACAGCCUUAUCACCAGGUGUUGUACGUGAUACUGCUAUAAAUGCCACGUGGGCAUUAGAUCGUAAAUUGCACUGCCGUUCUUUUAAUUCCAGUGAACUCUUGGAAUGCUUUCGAAAACAGCUCAAAGAUGAAAUCCUUGACCUUUCUUGGACUGGAAAUAGUGACUACGAAGAAUUUGUACCAAUAGUGGACGGCAUUGGGGGUGUUCUACCAGAUUCUCCAGAAAUGCUUGCAACAUAUAGGCGCAAAAUGCCAAUGAUGAUUGGUACCACCAGAGAUGAAAGUUCCCUGAAAUUCUUAAUUAUUAAUGAAAGAAAUAUAAAUAUGAGUGCGAUCACACGACUUCAAGCAGAAGAAAUGGCAGAAAAUUUGACACUAUCAUAUUCUGGCUUUAUUAAUCAUCGUUUAAUUAUGGAAGGUUGUAAGCAUGAGUAUAUAUGGUCCAAGAUUGAUCCUGCAAUGGAUACUUCAGUACUGUACGAUGCUGUAUUAAAUAUGUAUUCACACUUCUGGUUCGAUGCACCAGCGUCACGUUUAGCAACAUAUUAUGCAAAGGGUGGAGCAGCAGUAUAUCUGUAUUCUUUCGAUCACAUAAGCGAAAAUUUUAACUAUGACAGCAAGUUUUAUUUAAUUAUUAGAGCAUUUCAUGGUUGUGAUGAAGUAUUUUUGUUCGAUGUUGAGCCACGAUUUCUUAUCAAAAGACGUGAUCGAAAUUGGCAGUUAGAUCGAAGAUUGACAGAAAUUUUCGCUGAGCUAAUCAUUAAUUUCGCUAGAACUGCAAUGCCUACACCAGAAUCUUCUGGAUUCUCAUUCAACUGGACUUCUAUGGAAACAGAUAAAUUGAACUAUUUAUCAAUAACUGAUAGUCCUACAAUGGAAGUUGGUUUUCGAUGGCAAGGCCAUGUUUUCUGGAAUUGGUAUGCUCGUCACUUAGAUGCAGUUGAUGUUGGCAAUUUGCAUCGAAUCGCUCAGCUAGAUAAACAGCUUGGUGAUUAUCAGGUCAGAUCAAUUCAUUCAGCUCAGUUCAGUUUAGUUCAUAUUCUUAUUCUUUCGAUUGAUUGA